UAUAUAUAAAAUGGAAACUCCAGAAAUAUUUCCAUUUCCUUUUACACCUUACAAAAUUCAACAAGAUUUUAUGAAAGAAUUAUAUAAAUGUAUUGAAAAUGGUAAUAUGGGAAUAUUUGAAAGUCCAACGGGAACAGGAAAAUCAUUGUCAGUCAUUUGUGGUGCCUUAAAAUGGUUAUUAGAUCAUGAGCAAUUACAGAAAGAUGAACUUAAUUCUAAAAUUACUGAUUUAGAUAAUAAGAUUAAAAUGAUUGAAGGUACAUCCAAUGAUUGGUUUUCAUGUCAGACCGAACAAAUGGAAUUUAAUCUUACAAAAAAAGAAUUGCAAUCUAAAUUAGAUGUCAUUACUAAAUAUGAAAAGAAAAUUCAACAAUAUAAAGAAAAAAUUAAAAAGAAAAAUACAAAGGGAAAAAAGACAUAUACCAAAUUAAAAUCUAAUCCUUCUGAUACACACAUAGAUGAUAAUGCAUCGAUUGAUACAGAAAAUGAUGAUAUUGAUAAGGAUUUAUUAUUGUUAGAUGUAUUAUCAGAUUCAGAAAAUUCAGCAGAAGAAGAUGAAGAAGUGGAACAAGCAAAUUUUCAUACAAAAAUUUAUUUCUGUUCAAGAACUCAUUCACAACUUUCUCAAUUUGUUAAAGAAUUAAAGAGAAGUCCUUAUUCAGAGAAUGUAGCUGUAGUUACAUUAGCUUCUAGGCAGAAUUAUUGUAUUAAUAAAAGUAUAAAGAAAUUAAAACAUAUUAAUCUUAUCAAUGAACAAUGUUUACAAUUACAAAAGAAAAAAAUAACACGUAAAGAAGAAAAACAUAUUAAAAAAUUAAAAGUAACAAAUAGCUGUCCAUUUUUAUCAGGAAAUCAGGAAUCAUUGAUGGCUGAAUUAUUAUCAGAAAUUCAUGAUAUCGAAGAAAUUGUUCAAAAAGGAGAAGAACUUAAUACUUGUCCAUAUUAUACAGUAAGAAAAUCUAUUCAAGAUGGUCAAUUAAUAUUAGUACCAUACAAUUCUAUUUUACACAAGAAUACAAGAAUUAGUUCAGGAAUAAAUUUAAAAGGAAAUGUUUUAAUAAUCGAUGAAGCACAUAAUUUACUAGAAGCUAUUGAAAGAAUGUACAGUGCUUCAAUUACAGGAAGAAAUAUACUUCAUGCUUAUAAUCAAUUGUCACAGUAUCAGAAAAAAUAUCAAAAUUUGUUUAAUGCUAAAAAUGUACUUCAUUUAAAUCAAUUAAGCUUUUGUUUGAAAAAGUUUUUAACUGUUUUUGGAGCUACAACGAAAUCCCUUCCAACUGAUAAUACCAGUGGUGAUUUAACAUCUAAAUUAUAUACAAUACAAGAAUUUGAAAGAACAACUGAUAUUGAUACUUUAAAUAUCUUUGAUUUAAUAAGUUUUGUAAAAAAAUCUAAACUUAUUAACAAAUUAAGAGGUUUUAUAGAACAGUAUGGUAAUGAUAUUAAAAUUCAUGAAAAUAAUAAAACUAAAACUGGCAUAACUCAAUUCUUAAAAUCAAUUAGUAAUGUUAAUAAAGAAGAAAACGUCGAAAGUACAGAAGUAGUACAAAAUGAAGAGGAAACAAGUAGUCCAUUAACGUUAAUUCUUAGCUUUUUAGAAUGUUUGGAAAAUAAUUGUGCUGAUGGUCGUAUAAUUGUUAUACCUGGUCCUACUAUUGGAAAAGGAAUUUUAAAAUUUCUUUUAUUAAAUCCAGCAGCUCAUUUUCAUGAUGUUGUAACUGAAGCCAGAGCUGUAAUACUAGCUGGUGGAACCAUGGAACCUAUAUCUGAAUUUACUGAACAAUUAUUUUUAGCAGCGGGUGUUGAAUCUGAACGAAUUUUAACAUUUUCCUGUGAUCAUGUAAUACCUCCAGAAAAUAUUAUAUCCAACAUCUUAUUGUCUGGUCCAACUGGAGUAGAAUUUGAAUUUAAUUUUAAAAAUAGACAAAAUACAAAACUAUUAGAUGAAUUGGGAAGAAUGUUAGUAAAUUUCUGCAACAUUAUACCAGCUGGUAUUGUAAUAUUCUUACCAUCUUAUGAUUAUGAGAAUAUAGUGUACGAGCAUUUAUAUAAAUCUGGUGUAAUAACUAAAAUUCGUUUAAAAAAGCAAAUCUUUCGUGAACCAAAAUCAACGUCACAAGUCAAUGAUGUUUUAGAACAAUACUCACGAUGUAUACAUUGUCCACAAAGUCCACAAAAUGGAUCAUUAUUAUUUAGCGUUAUUGGUGGCAAAUUAAGUGAAGGAUUAAAUUUUUCUGAUGAUUUGGGAAGAUGUAUUAUUGUUGUUGGAAUGCCAUAUCCUAAUAUUAAAUCAACGGAAUUACAAGAAAAGAUCAAAUAUUUAAAUGAAAAUGUUAAAUCAGACGCUGGACAGAAUUUCUAUGAAAAUUCUUGUAUGAAAGCAGUAAAUCAAUGCAUUGGACGAGCUGUACGUCACAUUAAUGAUUAUUCAAGUGUAAUAUUAGUUGAUAAACGUUACCGUAAUAAAAUGAAGGCACUACCUCGAUGGAUUCAACGUUCAUUAACAGUCAGUCAAUCAUUUGGAAAUACAAUAAGUAUCGUAGCUAAAUUUUUUGCUGCAAAAAAGAAGAAAACAUAG